GGCCCCCUUGCCCCUUCGGGCCGGCGCCUCAGAGCCUGGGCCGACCUAACAGGCGCUGGAGUCCGGCCCCAGGCAGCCUGCAGGUGUGCGCGCAAAGCUAGCACGUGGUGCCAGACGCUAUUUAAGGGCCCCCUGUGCCCUGGCUUUCAGCUGCGUCCUGCUUCAGCCCUUCCUGUCCCGGAGCUGCAGGAGGCUCGAGUGUCUCGCAACGCAUCCGCCGCUGGGGCUGCCGCCGGGGCAUGGGCGCUGCGGGCCUGCUCUGCGUUUUCUUGGCUGUCAUCGCGCCAGGGGUUCUCGGUCAGUGUAAGUCCCUGCCAAGGUAUCCUUUUGCUAAGCCUAAAAUUAAGAGUGAUCAGUCUGAGUUUGCUGUUGGAACAUCUUGGGAAUAUGAAUGCCUUCCUGGGUACAUCAAGAGGUCAUUCUUUAUCACCUGCCUAAAGACCUCCAAGUGGUCAGAUGCUCAGCAAUUGUGUACACGUAAAUCAUGUAUGAGUCCUGGAGAACUCCUCCAUGGUUCUGUCCUCAUACCCAUGAGUGUCGUGAUUGGGUCAACAAUUACAUAUUCUUGUGAUCAAGGAUAUCGACUUAUUGGUGAUUCAUCUGCUACAUGUAUUAUCUCAGACAAUAUUGUAACCUGGGAUAAGGACAUGCCUCUUUGUGAAUCUAUUCCUUGUGAGCCACCCCCAGCCAUUUCCAAUGGGGACUUUUACAGCAGCAGUAGAGAGGACUUUUUCUAUGGAAUGGUGGUAACUUAUAAGUGCCACAUUGGACCAAAUGGAAAAAAGCUGUUUGACCUCCUGGGUGAGAAGUCCAUAUAUUGCACCAGCAAAGACAAUCGAGUUGGCAUCUGGAGUGGCCCUCCCCCUCAGUGUAUUCCUCCAGUCAAAUGCCCAAUUCCAGAAGUUGAAAAUGGAAUUAUGGAAUCUGGAUUUGGACGUUCAUUUUCUUUAAAUGAUACUGUGAUGUUUAGGUGUAAACCUGGCUUUACCAUGAAAGGCAGCAAUGUAGUAUGGUGCCAACUAAACAGCAGAUGGAAUCCUCCACUGCCAAAGUGCUUUAAGGGGUGUCUACCACCUCCACAUAUCAACCACAGUAGUUAUAACAUCUUGGAUAAGCAAUUCUUUCCAAUUGGACAGGAAGUGUCCUACAGCUGUGACCCUGGCUACACCCUCAUUGGAACUAACCCUAUACAGUGUACAUCCUUGGGAACCUGGAGUCAUGCAGCCCCUGAAUGUGAAGCAAAAUCAUGCGAUGCCAUUCCAAACCAACUUCUCAAUGGCCGUGUGGUGGCUCCUCCUAAUCUCCAGCUUGGGGCAGUGGUUUCAUUUGUUUGUGAUAAGGGGUACCGAUUAAAUGGCCAAUCUUCUAGUCAGUGUGUCUCAGAAGGAAUAAGAGUACUCUGGAAUAAUAUGUUUCCUGUCUGUGAACGGAUUUCUUGUGACCCUCCUCCUCCUAUCAAAAAUGGUUGGAAUAGUUAUUCUUCUGGUCCCAUACCUCUUAACACUGUGGUAAGGUACACUUGUUCUAGUGCCUUCCGCCUCAUUGGAGAAAGAAUCCUUUUUUGUAUAAGUAAAGACCAAGUGAAAGGAAUCUGGGAUAAAGCUGCUCCUGUAUGUGAAUAUUAUAAUAGAAAUUCUCUUUGCCCUGAGCCCAUAGUAGCAGGAGGAUACAGAGAUAAAAGAUCUAGACCACCAUACAGACACGGUGAUUCUGUGACAUUUACCUGUGAUACCAACUUUACCAUGAAAGGAAACAAAUCUGUUUGGUGCCAAGCAAAUAAAACCUGGGGGCCAACACCACUACCAAUCUGUGAGAGUGAUUUCCCCCAGGAGUGUCCACCACUUCCGACCAUCCCCAAUGGAUCUCACACAGGGGAGAGGGUUGGCUCCUUUGCCCCAGGAUUAUCUGUGACUUACACCUGUGAACCUGGUUACUUGCUUGUUGGAGAAAAGACCAUUAGAUGUUUGUCUUCGGGAAAGUGGAGUGCUGUUAUUCCCACAUGUAAAGAAGCACGGUGUGAACCUCCAGGACCAUUUCUCAAUGGACAGAUAAAGGGCCCUCCAAGUCUUCGGGUUGGUGCGACUGUGAACUUUGACUGUAACGAAGGGUAUCGGUUACAAGGCCAACCUUCCAGUCAGUGUGUAAUUGCUGGACAGCGGGCUUCUUGGACCAGGAUGCCAGUAUGCAAAGAAAUUGUUUGCCUGCCACCUCCUUCUAUUCUCAAUGGAAGACAUACAGGCAGCUCUUCGGGGAACUUUCCAUACAGAAGCACAGUUACUUACACCUGUGACCCAGACCCAGAGAAAGGAGUGAGAUAUAUCCUUACCGGGGAGAAGACUAUCCGUUGUAUCACCAAUAGUCAGAAGACUGGGAUCUGGAGUCACCCUGCCCCAAGCUGUGAACUUUCUAGCUCUGCCAUUCAGUGUCCACCUCCCCAGAUCCUAAGAGGCCAAAUAUCAUCUGGGCAGAAAGACCAAUAUUCCUAUAAUGACACCGUGGUAUUUGCUUGCUCAUAUGGCUUCACCCUGAAGGGCAGCAAGGCAAUCCGAUGUAAUGCUCAAGGCACGUGGGAGCCACCAGCACCAGUCUGUGAAAAGGGGUGCCAAGCCCCUCCUACAAUCCUCAAUGGGCAAAAGGAAGAUGGACACAUGGUCCGCUUUGACCCAGGAACAUCUAUAAAGUACAGCUGUGACCCUGGCUAUGUGCUCGUGGGGAAAGAAUCCAUACGUUGUACCUCUGAGGGGGUGUGGACACCCACUGCCCCCGAAUGCAAAGUGGCAGAGUGUGAACCUAUAGAAAAGCAAGUCUUUAAGAAACCCCAGGAUCAAUUUGUUAGACCAGAUGUUAACUCUUCUUGCGACGAAGGGUACCGGUUAGGAGGGAGUGUUUAUCAGAAGUGCCAAGGAGCGAUUCCUUGGUUUAUGGAGAUUCGUCUUUGUGAAGAAAUCAUCUGCCCACCACCUCCUGCCAUCUACAAUGGGAAACACACGGGGAGUUCCUCAGGAGAUAUUCUAUAUGGAACCACGGUCACCUACACAUGCAACCCUGGGCCAGAAAGCGGAGUGGAAUUCAACCUCAUUGGGGAGAGCACCAUCCGUUGUAUAAGCAAUGACCAAGAGAGGGGCACCUGGAGUGGGCCUGCCCCUGUCUGUAAACUUUUCCUCCCUGCUGUUCAGUGUCCACCUGCCCAGGUUGCAAAUGGAUACAAGAUAUCUGGCAAGGAUGCCCCAUAUUUCUACAAUGACAGUGUGACAUUCAAGUGUAAUCAUGGAUUUAUUUUGAAGGGCAGCCAUCAGAUUCGUUGCAAAGCCGAUAGCACCUGGGAUCCUGAAAUACCAGUUUGUGAAAAAGGCUGCCAGCCACCUUUUGGGCUCCAGCAUGGUCAGCAUACAGGUGGAAAUAGGGUCCUCUUUGUCUCUGGGAUGACUGUAGACUACACCUGUGACCCUGGCUACUUGCUUGUGGGAAACAAAUCCAUUCACUGUAUGCCUUCAGGAAAUUGGAGUCCUUCUACCCCUCGGUGUGAAGAAGCACCAUGUCAGCCUGUGAGAGAUUUUCAAGAGCCUCCCAUUCAUUCACAUGUGAUACCAGUCAAUAUAUCCUGUCAAGAUGGGUACCGGUUGACAGGACAUACUUAUCAGAAGUGUCAAGAUGCUGAGAAUAGGGUUUGGUUCCAAAAGAUUCCACUUUGUAAAGUAAUUCACUGUCAGCCUCCACCCAUGAUUGACCAUGGAAGGCCCAGGGGCGUGAUGGCAGAACCCUUUCUAUAUGGAAAUGAAGUCUCUUAUGAAUGUGACCAAGGAUUCUCUCUUCUGGGAGAGAAAAAUAUACGAUGCAUAAGUGAUUCUGAAGGACAUGGAUCUUGGACUGGACCUUCCCCAAAACUAGGGUGCCUGGGUCAGUGCAAAGCCCCGGAACAGCUUCCAUUUGCCAAGCUUACAAUUCUGACCAACGAGUAUGAGUUUCCCAUUGGGACAUCUUUGAAGUAUGAGUGCCGCCCUGGUUACCACAGGAAAGUAUUCUAUAUUACCUGCCUAUCCAACUCAGUCUGGUCAAACGCUGACGACAUCUGUCAACGUAAAUCAUGUGGAACUCCUGCAGAACCCUUAAAUGGCAAAAUGACUGUCAACAGAGACACCCGGUUUGGAUCAACCGUUAAUUAUGCCUGUAAUGAAGGAUACCGUCUUAUCGGUAAGACCUCGAUUGCAUGCAUCAUCUCAGACAAUACUGUCGUCUGGGAUAACAAUCCACCUAUUUGUGAGACUAUUCCUUGUGGGCCACCCCCAGCCAUCGCCAAUGGAAAUUUCUUUAGCACCAGCAGAGAAUUUUUUCCAUAUGGAACCGUGGUGAACUAUCGCUGCCAUCUUGGACAGAGAGGGAAAAAGCUGUUUGAGCUUGUGGGCAACUCAUCAAUAUACUGCACCAGCAAAGACAAUCGCGUUGGCAUAUGGAGCAGCGCCCCCCCUCAGUGCAUCAUACCUAAUAAAUGCACACCUCCAGACAUUGAAAAUGCAAUAAGGGUAUCUGAGAACAAAAACUUAUUUUCCUUACAUGAAUUUGUGAGGUUUAUCUGUGAGCCCGGCUUUGUCAUUAAAGGACCCUCCAGUGUGCAAUGCCAAGCCCAAAACAAAUGGGGGCCAGAGUUGCCAAGCUGUUCUAGGGUAUGUCAGCCGCCUCCAGAAAUUGUGCACGGUAAGCGUGCCGCAGGCAACGAGACCAAUUUCUUCCCCGGGCACGAAGUGUUCUACAGCUGCGAGUCCGGCUAUGAUCUCCGAGGGGCUGCUUCUCUGCGCUGCACUCCCCAGGGAGACUGGAGCCCAGCAGUCCCGAGAUGUGCAGUGAAAUCAUGUGUGGACUUCCUGGACCAACUCCCUAAUGGCCGUGUGCUCUUUCCACUGAAUUUCCAGCUUGGGGCAAAAGUGUCCUUCGUUUGUGAUGAGGGGUUCCAUUUAAAGGGCAGUUCUGCUAGUUACUGCGUCUUGGUUGGAACGGAAAGCCUUUGGAAUCACAGUGUUCCUGUGUGUGAACAAAUCUUUUGUCCAAAUCCUCCCUCUAUCCUUAACGGGCACUACACCGGAACUUCUCAGGGAGACAUUCCCUAUGGAAAGGACAUUACUUACACGUGUGACCACCACCCAGCCAGAGGGAUGACCUUCAAUCUCAUCGGGGAGAGCACCAUCCACUGCACAAGUGACGGUCAAGGGAGGGGAAUUUGGAGCGGCCCUGCCCCUCGCUGUGAACCUGCUGGUCCUGCUGGUUACUGCAAAGCCCCAGAAGAGUUUCCGUUUGCCAAACCUACAACCCUGACUGAUGAGUCUGAGUUUCCGAUUGGGACAUCUUUGAAUUAUGAAUGUUCCCCUGGGUAUUUUGAGGAUAUGUUUUCUAUCACCUGCUUAGAAAACUUGGUCUGGUCGAGUGCCGAAGGUAUCUGUAGACGAAAAUCAUGUGAAGCUCCACCAGAACCCUUCAAUGGCAUGGUACAUAUAAACACGGAUACCCAGUUUGGAUCAACAGUUCAUUAUUCUUGUAAUGAAGGGUAUCGACUCAUUGGCUCUCCUUCCGCGGCUUGUCUCCUCUUGGGCAGUACGGUCACUUGGGAUAAGGAAGCACCUAUGUGUGAGGAAAUCUUUUGUCCAAAUCCUCCCUCUAUCCUUAAUGGGCACUACACCGGAACUUCUCAGGGAGACAUUCCCUAUGGAAAGGAAAUUACUUACACAUGUGACCACCACCCAGCCAGAGGGAUGACCUUCAACCUCAUCGGGGAGAGCACCAUCCACUGCACAAGUGACAGUCAAGGGAGGGGGAUUUGGAGCGGCCCUGCCCCUCGCUGUGAACCUGCUGGUCCUGCAGCAUGCCCACCUCUGCCCAAGAUCCACAAUGGGCAUUACAUUGAAGGACAUGCAUCUCCAUAUCUUCCUGGGAUGACCGUCAACUACACCUGUGACCCAGGCUACCUGUUGGUGGGAAGAGCCUUCAUAUUCUGCACAUACCAGGGAACCUGGAGCCAAUUUGAUCAUUAUUGCAAAGAGGUAAAAUGUAUCCUUCCAGAGUUUAUGGAUGGAAUCCGGAAGGAACUGGAAAUGAGAACAGUGUAUCGCUAUGGAGAUAAUAUAACUUUCGAGUGUGAAGAUGGGUAUACUCUGAAAGGCAGUCCCCAGAGCCAAUGCCAGGCAGAUGACACAUGGAACCCUCCUCUGGCUAUAUGUACAUCUAGUAAAUGGAGCUGCAAGACAUGUAGGUCCUUCCUUAGUCAUGGUUACUAUUCAUUCAUUCAUCUAUACCGUCAUUGAAUGUGGUGUGAUGUUUAUAGCACCUGCUAAGAGCUAAGGAGUACAACAGGAGCUCCUAAUUCUUCCCAGAAAGCCCUUUGCAAUGACAAUAAGUCAAGCCCUGCUCUUCUCACACUGCUCAACCCAUUCAUCUCUCCUCAGGAACCCCUCUGAACCUUUUUUUGUCUGUAUUACUCUAUUGUUGAUUGCACGGCACAGUAGUGAUUUCUUUAUAGCCUGUGGGCCGUAAAGGUCAGGAGCACAUCAGUGGUAGAGCAGGCCUUCAAGAAUAUUUCAAUAUGAAUGAGGGAACAUUUUCCAAGGUGGAGAGACAAGAUAGUUGGUCUCCCUCACUGGUGUAGGCUACAGGAUUUUAAGCUGGUAUAGCUGGAUAGAGCAGAUUUAGAAAUCAUGUAUCUUAAAUUGCACAUGAGUGAAAUCAUAUGGUAUUUGUCUUUCUCUUACUUAUUUCUCUUAACAUAAUACCCUCUAGU